AUGGGCGACGUAGGACUGAUCAACUGUUUUGUAAAUGAAACGAAAAACAUACGUGUCGUCAACGGUUGUCUGGCCGUAACGGCCGCCCGCGAACCGCAGGAACGUUACGGUAUGCAAUAUACGUCGGCCAAGUUGACCACUAGACGCAGUUGGCGGUACGGCCGAUUUGAAAUGCGGGCCGCAUUACCGCGCGGAUCAAUGUUACGGCCAUCGGUAUCGCUUGAGCCGCUAGUCUAUCGCGAUCCGUGGCCAUUGGCUGGCCAAAUCGAUAUUAUGACCUAUGUCCAGCGUAAUACACUCGGCAAUAACGUACACUACGGUAAUCCACGGGUAACCAUACCGAUGAACUACGAAUAUGUGGCCACCAGUGAUGACGUUAGGUUCUGGGAGUUUCAUGUAUACGCUGUCGAGUGGACACCCUAUGAAAUUGGCUGGUUUUUUGACAAUUACAAUCAUAAAACGGUUAGUCUGAACGGUAGCCGAGAGCCGGGAAUGGGUGAACCGUUUGACAAGCCGUUCAAGUUUACACUGUCGUUGGGUGUGGGCGGCCGUUUUUUUACCAAUCAGAUACUGGACAUGGAUGGCUACUAUGAUUGGCAGUGUUCGGCAAUGAUUGUCGACUAUGUUAGGGUUUACCAGAAACUACAAGUCGUCGACAAUACCAUCAUCAACAACACCACCAACAAUGACAUACAUUUGACGGAUAAUAUCGAAAAAUAUAAGAUCUGUCGGCAAAUAAUGACUGAAAUUAGAGGCGACAAACCAAUACCCAAGUCGUCGUCAUCGUUGUCAAUGUCGACGACGGUGUCGACAUCUGAGUUGUCGCCGCUGACCAUUGGCCUGGUAGUCGGUGCCGUAGUACUCAUACUUGUCCUGAUUAUACCGGUUGUCGUAUUUUUGUGUAUUAGACAGAGUAGAGUAUUGAAGAUCCGGGAUAGGGAUCAGGAUUACGAGGACAGGUAUUACGAUGACAUUGUCACUGCUGGCAGACCGCAUGGGAUGUCCGCUGUUGUCAAUGAAUAUAGUGAACCCAAUGAGCUAUACGGCGAUAACAACUAUGCCAGUUAUGACUAUUCAAAGUGCGGUGACGACGCCGAUAGUAAAGCACCGGUACCUCCGCGGCCUAAAUCCUAUGAUCAAAGGUAUCUGGAGAUGACUUGUCGUAAAUAA